AUUUACUCAAAUUAAAAAUAACAUAUAUUCAGCAUUUAAGCCGUUGAUAAAAUAAAUAGCUUAAAGUGUAUUUUGUAUUUAUGCUAUUUUAAAUAAACAUUUUUAAUAUAAUUUUAUGAGCAUCACUUAGGUUUGUAAACAGGGUCAAGGUCACAAUUACAGCGCAUCAGUUUGGAAAUUAGAACACACGGACGACAAUCUUCAAAGUGAGGACAAUGGAAAACUUCAAACCGUAUGACCAUUUUGCUACAGAUGCCCUUCAUGCUGGCCAGGAACCAGAGAAAUGGAAAUCCAUGGCUGUCGUUCCUCCAAUUUCCAUGUCGACCACGUUCAAACAAUUUGGACCCGGAGAUCAUACGGGGUAUGAGUAUUCAAGGAGUGGAAACCCGACCAGAAAUUGCCUUGAAGAAUGCUUAGCCAAACUGGAAAAUGCCAAACAUGGUAUGGUGUUUGCGUCAGGCCUGGCUGCCACGAAUACGAUGACAUUCCUUCUGAAGCAUGGAGACCACAUUAUCGGCAUGGACGACCUGUAUGGAGGGACAAACCGUAUGUUCCGUCAGUGCACAUCUCGGAUGGGUAUUGACAUCUCAAUGGUGGAUUGUACCAAUCUGUCCAAUGUUGAGGCUGCCAUCAAACCAAACACCAAGAUGGUGUGGAUCGAGACGCCCACCAACCCGACCAUGAGAAUUGUUGACAUCGCUGGGGUCGUGGAAAUAGUAAGGAAAAAGGCUACCAAAGACUGCUUCGUUGUAGUGGACAACACAUUCAUGUCUUCAUAUUUUCAGAGGCCAUUAGACUUGGGAGCAGACAUUGUGUUCCACUCAUUGACAAAGUACAUGAAUGGUCACUCUGACACGGUGAUGGGCUGUGCCUGCACAAACAGUGAUGAUCUACAUGAGAAGCUCCGCUUCCUACAGAAUGCUAUUGGCCCCGUUCCAUCUCCGUUUGACAGUUUCCUGGUGAACCGAGGCCUCAAGACAUUGCACAUCCGCAUGAAGGAACACAUGAAAAACGGCCUUGCGGUCGCCAACUUUCUUGAGGCAGACCCACGUGUUGAGAAAGUCAUUCACCCUGGUUUGAAGUCUCACCCCCAGUAUGAGCUGGCCAAGAAGCAGAUGAUCGGCUACAGUGGCAUGGUCUCCUUCUAUAUCAAGGGAGGGCUGGACCAGGCCUCCACAUUCCUCAAAAAUCUCAAGGUGUUCACCCUUGCUGAAAGUCUUGGUGGCUUUGAGAGUUUGGCUGAACUUCCUUCCAUCAUGACCCACGCAUCAGUGCCACCGGAAGACCGUGUCAAGCUUGGAAUCUCUGACAACCUGAUUCGACUCUCUGUAGGAAUUGAGGAUGAACAGGAUCUGGUCAAAGACGUCGAACAGGCCCUCAAGGCUGCGGUGCCGUAGUUGCUCCAAACACUCAAGACAACACAACCACUACGGACACCAUCAUUUCAAAUAGAAUCCAAUCAUUCAAGAAACUGCCAGCCUUCCUCAUUCCAGGAUGCCUAUGUUAUGUACUUUGUUCCUAAGACAGUAAUGCAAUUUACAUUAAUGUCAGUAUUCACCUGCUCAAUGUUUGUUAUUUUCAGUCCUUUCAUAGCUUGUCUGUUUUUCAGAAUAUCUUUUUAGGUAUUGUUAAAGCUGUCUUUGUCCAACCUGGCCAAGCUGAAAAAACGUUUUAAGAUAUUUAAAUGAAAUUUGGUGCAUAUUUUGACAGAGACAAAGUGAACAGUACAGCAAGGCCCAUAACUUUGGCUUCAAUAGUGGUACAGUAAUGUCCCUUGAUCAAAUUAAAAAAAAUCAGACAAGCUCUAGAGUUCACUUUUAAAAUGUAAAAUGUACUUACGGUAAUAUAAUGAUUUUUACUGAUAUGUUUUAUGUAACAAUUAUUCCUUGAACCUUU